GAAGUGAUCAUUCAUUCCAAGAUCAGUGUUUCUGAGUUCUCUGCCCAUGUUCUUCGUCAUUUCGUUUUGCUUCAAUUUGUCAAAACAUGUAAUAAUAGCCCGCGGCCUCUUUCCAGAGGCCUUACCUAUUCUAUGGACUCUGGAGAAAGUGACAUUACGCACAACAUCAGGGGGCAGUUUUAGUUGAGUUGACAUAAAGUCUCGGACUGUGUCCUCACAGCCUCUGCUGUUGUCAUUCUCCGGUAUCCCUGAAAAUAUUAGAUUGUCCCGCAUUGAUCGACACUGUACAUCAAGCAAGGUUUCUUUAAGUUGUUUGUACUCCCUUUGUACCACCUCCACCUUGCUAUGAAUAGAGUCUACAGUACCUUUCAGCGCCGUGUUCUCUUUCCUUAGAUCAUCAAUCUGACGUUGGCUGAAUUCUAGACUAGCACAUAAUGCAUUGAUGUCCUCUCGUAAUAUAUCAAGUUUGACAAGCCUUUCAUUGAUAGAUUUUAACAAGUCAACAUCCAUAUCAGUAAACCUCUCCCCACUCGCCAUACGCGCCCUCAUACAUAGGGGAUGGUUUGGUUCCAUCGUUGAUACGGUUGAUACCUAUUGGCCAACCUGGUUUUGGUUUGUUUUGUUGAUUGGGUUGGUUGUCCUUAUAUGCAGUCCUUGUGUUGACAGCAUAUAUUACUUUCUAUUCUUAUCCCAAACAAUUUCACUGACCCUUUCUUUUACAUUUCUUUAAUUGCCUUACUGGGUUGUUCAAGAGAAAUACACUGUUUUUGUCGGCUCAGAUGGUAAACAGUAACCUAGGAUCAAGACCAAAACCAGGAAAGGUAACCAAGCAGUAGGCGUGGCUUGGUUGACAUAAACAGUUGUGUCCCUUAGUAACCAGGUAAGUGGUCUCAGUUUGGCGUAGAGACUGAGAGCUGAUCGAUAGUGUGGAGAAAGCAGUACUCUCAGAAUGACUGAUCCCAUGCUUGACCAGAUGACCAGACUCAAACUCAGGCUGCUGGAGAAGAGACUGGAGAAUGAGAGGGACAACAAGGACGGCAGAGCAGAAUCUGCCCUAUCCACCAGGAGUUUUGAUGGACAGGCGGAUGCGCUGCACAGCGUGCUCAGACGAAAAAAGGACCUGCUGCAAAGACUGAGGGAGCAGCACAUGUUGGAGGACCUGAGCAGACCUCACACACGGGGUGGGACAGGGAGACGGUACCGCCCAGACCUCCUCCCUCCUCCUGUCCCUCUGCCUCCUACUCCGGCCCCCAUCCAUAUCUACCAGCCUGCCCUUGCACCCCCCGCGCCACAGCCCCCACGCAUCAUCCAGCAAAUGUUGCCCCAGCAGCCUACUACCUUCAUACAGCAGUUACCACAGCAACAGCCCCUCAUACAACAGAUACCCCCUCCUCAGCCUUACCCUGCACCACGGUCUGGGAGCAUCAAAGAAGACAUGGUGGAGCUGAUGUUGAUGCAGAAUGCUCAGAUGCAUCAGAUCAUAAUGCACAACAUGAUGCUGAAAGCAAUACCUCCCACGGCCCUGUCACCACCUAACUCAGGACAGGAUGUUGUUGUGAGGUCAGCGGUCAAACCAAGAGGAAACGCCGUCCACCACCAUCACUAUGGCCCCCAGGCCCAAAUGCUACCUCCCAUUGGCUAUCCCAUGUGGCCCUCGAUGACAUCAUCGCUACCUGAAGGGCAGGGCGGGCAUCAUAUGCCGUCCGUGCAGCAUGUGACCGGCCCCAUCACGCUGCCCCCACUCAACUUGUAUUAGCCUAGCCCUGAACAAUAUUCCCUAACCCCUAUCUUGAGAUAUUGUCUUGUGUGAGCAUUUCAUAUUUCAAAAUAUAUACAGAUAGAUGAUUGAUUGUAAAUGUAAAAUGUAUACAUUGAUAUUAUGUUUGAUAAGCAUCAUUUCGGUAUAGCCAAAUAUAAUGGUUGAAUGGAGAAUUUGCUUCUUGGCACUGGCAACAUGUUGUAAAUUCAAAUGUGUUGGCCUACUAUGAUUCGUGGUUGCAAAAGAGUGUGCAAAUGACAAAGGUCUGUAAACAUGCAUCAGGACUUCAAAAUAAAUAAAACAAGAUUUGCAAACACG